AAUCAAAAUUACAAUUGUAAUGUUAAUUAAAAAUGUUUAUAAUUAAAAAUAAUUUAUUAUUAAAACGAUUACAACUUUGUCAACAAAUUAAGACAAUUAACAGAAAAUUAACAAACAAUACAAAGAACGAGAUUCUUGUAAAAAGACUUCAAUCAGUUUGUGGUGACAAUAAUGUGUCGACAAAUGUCUCGGUUCGGGAACAACACGGAAAAGAUGAGGGAUUUUAUCCCACAAUACCUCCCGAUGUUGUAGUGUUUGUAUCCAACACACAACACGUCAGUGAUGUCCACAAAAUUUGCUAUGAAAUGAAUGCACCGAUUAUUCCGUACGGAUCGGGAACGGGACUCGAGGGUGGAGUUAAUGCCAUCAAUGGAGGCGUUUGUAUUGAUUUAAAAAAUAUGAAUAAAGUUAUUGAAGUUAAUAAAGAAGACUUUGAUUGUGUGGUUGAGGCCGGCAUUGAUUGGCGUUCACUAAAUGAAUAUCUACGAGACACCGGUCUGUUUUUCCCAAUAGAUCCCGGUGCCAGUGCAUCCAUUGGUGGAAUGGCAGCUACAUGUGCAUCGGGAACUAAUGCCGUGUUGUAUGGUACAAUGAAAGAGAAUAUACUUAACCUUGAAGUGGUUCUACCAAAUGGUGAUAUAAUUAACACGAGUGGACGUAAAUGUCGGUCUCGCAAAUCAUCGGCCGGUUAUGACUUGACUUCAUUGUUCAUUGGAAGUGAGGGAACGUUGGGAACCAUAACACACAUAAGUCUGCGAUUAAGCGCUGCACCCGAUUGUGUUGCCGCAGUUGUCUGUAGUUUUCCGGAUGACAAAGUGGCCAUUAAUUCAGUCAUUGAAAUACUUCAAUCAAACAUAUCUGUGGCUAGAGUUGAGUAUUUGGACGACGUAUCCAUCAAAGCGUGUCGUUCUUAUAGUAAAGUAUCACUUCAAGAGACGCCGACACUGUUUCUCGAGUUUAACGGUUCCAACGACGAUGAGGUUAAUCAAAGAAUAGCUAUGGUUCGCGAUAUUGUUGUGUCAAACGGUGGAUCAAACUUUAAUUGCUCUACAGAUGCUGAAGAAAGAAAAAAAUUAUGGAAAGCAAGACAUGAAUUGUAUUACGCCGUCAAAGCUAUGAAACCUAACUCUACGGCCAUUAUUACCGAUGUUUGUGUUCCCAUCUCAAGACUUACUGAAAUGAUUGUACGCACAAAACAAUUGAUAGCAAGUAAUGAAGUGACGGGUCCUAUGUUUGGUCACGUCGGUGACGGCAACUUUCAUACUGUUAUUGUGUUUGAUCCCAAUGAUAGUCAAGAGUUAGCGCGUGUCAAGUCUACGGCUUAUACUAUGGGUGAGAUUGCACUGGAGUUGGGCGGCACCUGUACUGGUGAACAUGGGAUCGGUAGAGGAAAAGUGCAACUUAUGAGACAACAAUAUGAUUCUGUAGCCAUCGAUCUCAUGAAACGUUUGAGAGCAACCAUUGAUCCCAAAGAUUUAAUGAAUCCACAAAAACUUUUUUAAUUUACUUUUAUUUUUUAUAUAAUUAAUAAUAUAUACUAAC